CAGGUUCUGUCAAAUGAACUCGAAAAGCGAUCUGUUGAAAUCGAUCAAGACCACAGUAAACCAACUAUUGGUAUGUUUCUUUUAGUGUAUACAGUGCAGUAAAGUGUGAAAUACCUUUUUUUUUAGAAAAAGUAACAUCAAAUAUUUUAAGACAACCACUUGGAGAGGUUUGGUUUCACUUAUUUUCUUCAUCAUUUAAUUUCGCUUGCUUUUAGGUUCCUAUUCAUACCAGUGGUGUUAAUCUAGAAGACGAAAGAAAAGAACUUGAACAACUUCGAGAAACCAUCAUUCUUCUCACAAGGCAAUGUGCACAACUAAAUGAAGCAAAUCAAGCUUGGAUACAAUAUCAACAAACACAGUUGGAUACUUUCAAAAAUACACUUCUUGAUUGUUUACCAAUAGAUGAAUGUUUCACAUAUGAUCAAGCUGCACAACAAAUUCUUAAUCAAAUUACAAAAGAAAGAGAAGAAUUUACUAAACAAUAUGAAGCAUUAGAAAAACGUAAUAAUGAUCUUCAAUUAGAAUCAGCUACUAAUUUAGAAACCAUCAAAGAAUCUUACAUCAAUUCAAUAGAUGAAUUAAAUAAAGAAUUACUUUGUAUGACGGAGCAAUGUGAAAUACUCAAUGUUGAAAAACAAUCUUUAACUAAGGAAGUUGAAAAGAUGUGUGUUGAAAUGAAUGCAGAACAAAAUAGGCAACUAAUUGAAUCAGCACCAAUGAAUUUAUUACAAGAAGUUCCUUUACAGACAAGUGCUUCUAAUGUGGAACAGGCAAAUGAAGAACUUCAACAAUUACGGGAAAGCUAUGCUAUUCUUACCUCGCAAUAUGGUCAAUUAAAUGAAGCUAAUCGUGCUUGGCAAGAAUUUCAUCUAACUGAAGUAGAUAAUUUCCGUAGAAAAAUACAAGACUUUUUACAAAUCGAUGACGAUAUAUCAUUUGAUCAUAUUGCACAAAAAAUCAUUGAUCAAAUAACUAAAGAACGAGAGUAUUCUGAUGAACGAUAUCAAACUUUAGAAAAAGCACAUAUAAAUCUUCAAUCAAAAUUGAUUCAAGAAAACAAAGAAUUUCUUCUUCUGAAAGAACAAUAUGAUCAAAUUCUUCAUGAAAAACAAUCUUUAAUUUAUCAAAUUCAAAAUAAACCAAUUAUUAGCAAUCAAGAACGUGAUUCACAAACAAUAGAAUUCAUAGACUCGAAUCUUCUCAAACAACAAACUGAAAUGUGUCAACUUCAAGAAAAUCUUAUUUCACUAAGCAAUCAACUUGACGAAACUAAUCAUUCAUGGCAACAAUUUGAACAAACACAAUUUAAUUUACUUAAAAGUCUUUUACCAUUUUCGACUACAACAUCACUUAAAGGACUAAUACAAGAAAUUAUUUUACAUAUGAAUGAUUUAAGAAAAGAAAUUGAUUCAUAUAAAGAAAAAGAAAGUCAACAUGAUGAAAAUAAAAUUGAACAAGAACUUAUUGAUUUACAAAAUCAUUGUACAAAAUUAGAUGCAGCUAAUCAUACAUUGCAAUUGUCUUUAGAUAAUCAAAUUAAUUUAUUAAAAAAUAAAUUGAAAGAUUAUAUUAAGUUUGAUAAUCAUGAAAAUUUCGAUCGAAUUGUUCAAUUGAUUGUUUUACAAUUUCAAGAACAAAAACAAUUCAAUGAAAAUACUCUACUAGGUAAAAAUUUCAGAAUAAAAAAGAAACAUUUAUAUAUAAAAGUAGAAUGUUGCUAUUAGCUUUACCAAACAUUUCUAAUUCGAGAUUUGAAAUAAGAAAAUCUGCACAGUGGGGAGUCAGGCGGACAUAUGCGAAAAUAUUCUUUUUCAGAAUCUAAUCGUUUGCGCAGAUACAUGCAUAUGUGAUCUAUCAUUUUCUAAAAUAGUGGUUCUCAAAGUUUUAUAGAGCCCUAGAUAAG